AUGCUGUUCUUCAGGCGUAUCGUGGUCAUCUUGUCGCUGUUUUUAGCUGUCGCUCAGGCGAGCCUCAUCGACGACAUCAUCAAGGCGAUCGCGCAAGCCUUAACGUGCGGCAGCUGCCAUUCGCUUCUGGUGGUUCUACAAGGACUGGCGCUCUUCGGGGACAAGGUGUUUUCGGAGACUUUCGUAGGCGUGUGCAAGCUUCUUCAGGUCCAGGACGAUGAUGUCUGUGAAGGCACCCUGAGACAGCAAGGCCCCAUCCUCGCACACAAUCUUCGCUCGAUCUCAGCGCUCGGACAAACCUCCACGAAGCUGUGCAGCACGCUCCUUGGCCUGUGCCAACCACCGCCUGUGAACAGGUACACCGUCCCGAUCCCCAAACCUGCCCCUACGAAUCCCAAGGUCUGGACCUCGAUAGGCCAAGCACCGUUCCAAGUGGUUCACUUCAGUGAUGUUCAUAUCGACCGGUCUUACACCCCGGGAUCAGACGCUGACUGCACGAAACCGAUCUGUUGCAGGAACUAUACAGACAAGACUGGCCCGGUUAAUGUUCCUGCAGGACCCAUGGGGAGUCGUCGAUGCGAUACGACUACCUCGCUGGCUCAGUCGAUGCUUCUAGCCGUUCAUGGUCAGAACACGAAAUUCUCGAUUUUCACCGGUGAUGUAAUCGAAGCCGAUAUCUGGAGCUUGACACAAGAUGAAGUGGCGUCGGACCUCCAACAGUUCAACAACGAAAUGGCGACGCUACUUAACUCUCCGGUAUUUCCUACAAUCGGCAACCACGAGGCCGCCCCGGUUAACAGCUUCCCAAGGAAUACAACCAGGGGCAAGAACUCGCAGUGGGUAUUCGACACUCAAAGCGAAGGAUGGGCUUCGAUGAUUGGCUCUCCGGCUGCAACACAAGUUCGGCAUCUUUCAGGGAGUUACGCCACUAUGGUACCGUAUACAAGCUUGCGAAUUAUCUCGCUAAACACCGUUUACUGGUACCAGGACAACUUCUGGUUGUUCGACAGCGACCGCUUCCAACCCGACCCGAACGGCGUCCUCGCAUUUGCCGUCGAGCAGCUUCAGCAAGCCGAAGACGGCGGCCAACGCGUGUGGAUCAUCGCGCAUAUGCCUCCCAGCAGCGGAGAUGCGAUGCUCGACCAGUCGAAUUAUUUCGAUCAGAUCGUGCAGAGAUAUAAGAAUACGAUCGCGGGGCAGUUCUAUGGGCAUUCGCACGUGGACGAAUUCGCGCUCGCGUAUUCUGAUUAUUCGAGCCGCAGUGCGGAUACAGCGAGUAGCAUCGCGUGGAUGGCACCAUCGUUGACACCGAGAGAUGCGAACCCAUCAUUCCGGGUAUACGACGUGGAUCCUGAUACGUACGAGGUCAUGGACUCUCGCACGUUCGUCAGCGAUCUAGCAGAUCCGGAUUUCCAGACGUUCCCCGUCUGGAAGCAAGAAUACAGCGCCAGAGAAACUUACGGACCAGCGAUUGGCGGGUGGCCGGCAACCCAGUCGCUAAACCCCUCGUUCUGGCACAGAGUCACCGACGCCUUCGUGUCGAAUGAUGCCCUCUUUCAGACGUUCAACGCAUUCAAGACGCGCGGCGUCAACGUAUCUCCGUGCACCGGAGCCUGCAAAACCAACACCGUAUGCAACUUGCGUGCAUUGCGCGCGGAGAAUGGAUGCCACCCAAUCACGCCUGGGCUCAACUUCCGUCGGGACGGAGACGAGGACGAGGACGAGGACGAGGAGGUCUCGAUCGAAAAUCUCAGGUUACGCGCGAGUCACAUCGACAAUCACUGCGAAGGCGUCGGAAUGCGCCACAUUUUCACGCAAAUGGUAAUCAAGGCGCAAGAGAGGCAGAAACUACUCAGGGAGGCAUCGUCUGUGUGA